GGGUUUAACCUAAGCAUGCCGAUCGAACACCUUCCAGCAGUUUCCAGGCUCCAGGCUCCCUGCUCCACUGCCCGCCCGGAGGCCACGAAGCCCCCCCGGGCCGCCCACCCAAGCGAUGCGCCACCAUUACGCUUCAGAGUCACCACCGCGGAGCGGGCUGGCUGCGGCGGCCCCCGCGGCGCUCCCCGCGCUCAGCCGGCGGCGGGAGGGGGGGCACUCCCCGGUACCGCGCCGCGCCGGGGGCCGGCAGGGACAGCCGUGGGCCCGCCCGGGCGGGGGCGGCCCCGGGGCGCGGCUCAGCCCGGCCCGGCCUCUUCCGCCGCGCCGCCCGCCAUGGUGGGGAAAGCCAAGCGCCCGCGGCUCCACCGCGCCGCCCCCCGGCCCUGGCCCGCCCGGGAUCCGCCACCGCUCCCGGGCCCCGGCCCGGGCUCCUGGGGCUCGGCGGCCGGCAAGGACUGGGACUUGUCAUCUUCUGGUGUUUUUUCUGGGCUGAAGAUUGACCCUGAUACUCUAGUAAAGAAGCUUGACUUGGACUCCAGAAGCAUCAUCUCCUCGAGAACAGGUUUAGAAGAAAAAACAGUUCUUUCCAAAAAAGAAAAAAUGAAGCUGAGGAAGGAGAGAUGGCUGCAGAAAAUAGAAAGUGUGAAGCUAGCCAAGCAGAAGCAAAAAGCCGAAGCAAAGCGGAAGGCGACACCUGUGGUGGGAGACAUGCAGCCGUUGAUGGAAGCCCUGCCUGAGCUCUGUGACCUGACCACAGGUGGCAGGGGCAGGAAGCCACCCAAGAGCCAUGUAAAAGCAAAGGCAGAACCAGCAGACUUCUGUCUGAUGAAACAAGCUCAAAAACACCGGCUCUUGGAAGAAGAGGUGACUCGGUUUCAUGAGGUCAUCACCAAUCCCAGGUACAGAGCCAACCCGCUCAUGGCCAUCAGCGAGCAUCUCUCCAAGAGGCUGAGGCAAGAGGAAGAAGGUAAACCCCUCUAGGGUGUCAGCUGGGACCAAACAUGCGUGCUGGAGCUGGUGCGAGGGCUCCAGGCUGCAAAAGAGCACAUCGCUAACAUGACCUCUCAGCCACUUCAGUCCUUGGAAGCAAUUCAGCAGAUUAUUAAAUCCAACAGUCCUGUUUUCUGUCUGCAGGAAUAAUGCAGUUCUCUCCUGACAGUAGCAGCUGCUCCUUAGCAAGCAGCCUGCAGAGAGCAGGGUGUUCUGUGAGAUCUUUGUGCAGACACCAAGCUCCGUGCGAAGUGCCUUGGCACUUUUUCUCAUCUUGUGAGCAGUGGCAAUUUAUCUUGUUUGCUGUUGUUUCCCUCCGCUUUCUGAGAUUUUCUCUUGAGAUGGGUCAAGACCCCAAGCCCUGGAGCCCAGAAGGCUGUUGUUGAUCUGUGUGAGGACCGACGCUGCUGUUCAGAGACAUUGUUUUAUGUGAGAAAUUUAGCUUUGGAAUAAACACAUUUUCAGAGAGUACAGAA